UUUUUGUUGAAGAUGCAAGCACGUCCCUUCCAUCAGAGUCCCCCUUCUCAGAUUUUGACUGAGAUUUGCAUACAUAUAAUUUACUCACAUUUUCAGAAUACAAAAUUAUCAAACUCUCUGUAUACACUCGCUUUGCACCAAACUGUAGUUGGAAGUUGGAACUGACUGCACAGCCUUUUACCCUAAAAUUGAAGUCGAAAAGUUUCUCAAAUCCAUACAAAAUAUACAUAUACAGGCUUGUUAACUUGAUUGGAUCUGUAAUUAUACGGAAUUUUGAAAAUGGUAGCGUGAAGAAUUUGUGGUGUUGGAUCAAAUUUGUUGCUGGUUUUUGGGAAGUAUUUCUUUCAGAUAUAAAUUAGCGGAGCAAGGAGCUGUAGCCGAAAGGAUGAGUGAGAACAAGCGCUUUCAGCUUGGCACCAUUGGAGCUUUGUCUCUAUCUGUUGUUUCAUCAGUAUCUAUUGUGAUAUGCAAUAAAGCGCUUAUGAGCUCUUUAGGUUUUCGUUUUGCUACAACUUUGACGAGCUGGCAUCUACUGGUCACUUUUUGCUCCCUCCAUGUGGCGCUAUGGAUGAAGCUAUUUGAACACAAACCUUUUGAUCCAAGAACUGUAGUUGGAUUUGGUAUUCUGAAUGGAAUUUCAAUUGGGUUGCUAAACCUUAGCCUUGGUUUCAAUUCUGUUGGUUUUUAUCAGAUGACGAAGCUUGCAAUCAUACCAUGCACUGUAUUUUUAGAGACAAUUUUCCUCAACAAAAAAUUCAGUCGGAGCAUUCAACUCUCUCUUUGCGUCCUUCUUUUGGGUGUUGGAAUUGCAACUGUAACUGAUUUACAGCUGAACUUCCUGGGCUCUAUCUUGUCACUCCUUGCAGUUCUUACCACUUGUGUUGCUCAAAUUAUGACCAAUACCAUCCAAAAGAAGUUCAAGGUUUCUUCAACACAACUGUUGUAUCAAUCUUGUCCUUAUCAAGCCAUGACUUUGUUCGUCUCCGGUCCGUUUCUGGAUAAGUUUUUGACUCAGCAAAAUGUAUUUGCCUUCAGAUAUACGCCACAAGUGCUGACUUUCAUUGCUAUGUCCUGCUUGAUCUCAGUCUCUGUUAACUUUAGCACAUUCCUUGUGAUUGGAAAGACAUCCCCUGUCACCUACCAAGUCCUUGGCCAUCUUAAAACCUGUCUAGUAUUAGCUUUUGGAUAUAUCUUACUUCAUGACCCAUUCAACUGGAGGAACAUUCUUGGGAUCUUUGUUGCUAUGAUGGGAAUGGUUCUUUAUUCAUAUUAUUGCACUCGUGAAGGUCAGAAAAAAGCUUCAGAAGCAUCAGUACAACUUCAGACCAAAGAAGAUGAAUCUGAUCCUCUAAUAGGCAUGGAGACGGGAGCUGGUGCAACAAAUGAUGUAGCUCUCCCAAUAUCCCCAAUUGGGAAAGCUGAUAACGAUUUGCGUGCUCGAGACUACAACCGUUGAGAAUGGUAUAUUUAGCAUUCCAAGAUGCAUCAAUUGAAUUAUGAUGAAAUUGACAGUUCACCAUGGGAAUAGUGCAAUUGCAACAAUACUUCCCCUACUUCAAAAUCAUAUGAGUAACAAAGAACGCCUUCAUUUCCACUUUGAUUGCUGUUUGAUGUCUAGAUUUGAAAUGUUACCGCUGCUCCGUAGUAAGCAAUGCAUGUACUUCCCUGAUUUAUUGUAUAAUUAGAAUAUUUGAGGCAUAGUAAAAAUGAUUCGAUCAGAAAUUAUUUGAGUUCUAGCUGAAUAAUGUUAUCUCUGAACAGUAUAUAUAUAUUAUUCUAAGCAGCUUUUCUCCAAUAUGCAUACAUUAA